AGAAGCUCAGCUUUGGAGCUCCAUCUUCGUCCUCCAUCUCUUCGCACUCCAUCCUCCCUCUCGUUCAUUUCCUGUAUCAUAACCCCACCAGAAUAAAUAUCACCGCCGCAGUCAGUUGCACAUCAUGGAUCAAUUAGUCCGCCAAUACUCCCAGGCGCCGCAUCAGAACGAGUUCUACUCGGAGCAAGAGCAGCAUGAUCUGGUAGAGGGUCUGCCUCCUCUUUCUCUGAAAUUCGCCCUUCCUCCGGUUGCAAACCACUCUGCUUUCCUCCGUGCGAUGACCGAUGACCAUUCGAACCCCAACUGCCCCAUCAAACUCGCUCACGGAACAACAACACUCGCAUUCCGAUUCCAGGGUGGAAUUAUUGUCUGCACAGAUUCCAGAGCUACGGCUGGAAACUGGAUUGCUAGUCAGACGGUGAAGAAGGUCAUUCCGGUCUCGAGAUUGAGCCGUGCAGAGGAUAAGCCGGGCAACAAUGACCCCGUUCCUGGUCUUCUGGGGACCAUGGCUGGUGGUGCCGCAGAUUGUCAAUACUGGCUUAGAUAUCUGAGUCAACAAUGCACACUACAUGAAAUCCGCCACAAACGCCGCAUCACAGUUGCCGCCGCCUCGAAGAUUCUCGCUAAUCUUACGUACGCAUACAAGGGAUAUGGUCUGAGUAUGGGAACAAUGUUGGCAGGAGUGACACCGCAAGAAGGACCUGCUCUGUACUACAUCGACUCCGACGGUACCCGCCUUCCCGGAAACCUAUUCUGUGUUGGAUCCGGUCAGACUUUCGCCUACGGUGUGCUCGACGCAAACUACCGGUACGAUCUGACUGAGGAGGAGGCUCUUGAGCUCGGACGGAGGAGUAUUCUUGCUGCCAUGCACCGUGAUGCCUACUCUGGUGGUUUCAUCAACCUUUACCACGUGAAGGAAGAGGGAUGGGUCCACCACGGCUUCGACGAUAUGAACCCGAUAUUCUGGAAGACGAAGUUGGAGAAGGGCGAAUUCUCCAACGUUACAUCGACGCUUACAACGCACUUCUAAAGGCUGUUAUGUUAGAUAGGGGAUUACCGUCCUUUGCGAUUUCUUGUUCUCUAAGUAUCCAAUGAAUUUUACCGACUCAUGUCUGUCUGGGUUCAUCGGGUUUCAUCGAACAAGAGCUUAUGACACAACCUACACUUCACUGACCAGAAUUGCCCUGAUGUAAUGAAAAGAACUAAUGCUAUUGCCAAC